AUGGCAGAUGAUGCAAUUUUCGAUAAGAAAAAGUCCCAUCGGGCUAAACAUGCGGGACGUAAGGCCGAAAAGAAGAAAAAGAAAAAUCAAGUUGAUCAAUCUAACCUAAGUGCUCGACAAAGAAAUCCUAAAGCUUUUGCUAUUCAAUCAGUGGUGCGAGCUGAAAGGCAGUUUCGGCGCAAAGAAGACGUUAUAGCCAAAAAACAGCACAUACCACAAGUGGACAAAACUCCCCUUGAGCCUCCUCCUAUCGUUGUCGCUAUUGUAGGCCCUCCUCGCGUCGGAAAAACAACUCUUAUAAAUAAUCUAAUCAAAAGUUUUAUUAAAACAAAUGUUACUAGUACAAAAGGCCCAAUUACUAUUGUCACUUCGAAAAAACGGAGAAUAACGUUGAUUGAAUGUAAUAAUGAUGUUAAUUCUAUGAUUGACAUUGCCAAGUGUGCUGAUUUAGUGCUGUUAUUAUGUGAUGCAAGUUUUGGAUUUGAAAUGGAAAUAUUUGAGUUUCUAAAUAUCUGCCAGGUUCAUGGAAUGCCUAAAAUUAUGGGUGUUCUAACCCAUCUUGACAUGAUAAAAAAUCCCAAGAAACUAAAGAUGACCAAGAAAACACUUAAGCAUCGUUUCUGGACUGAAGUUUAUCAAGGAGCAAAGCUCUUUUAUUUGUCAGGUAUUAUUCAUGGAGAAUACUUGCGGAAUGAAAUAAAAAAUCUGUCAAGGUUUAUUUCAGUCAUGAAGUUUAGAGCUCUUAGCUGGAGGACGACUCAUGCUUAUGUAUUAGCUGAUAGAAUGGAGGAUAUAACCAGCCAAGAUAACAUAAGAAAAGACCCUAAAGUGAGCCGAGAUGUAGUCUUAUAUGGAUAUGUUAGAGGUGUGCCAUUAAUGAAAGACUCAACAGUUCAUAUAGCAGGUGUUGGAGACAUGAAAAUAAAUGAACUUUCUUAUCUACCUGACCCAUGUCCAUUACCAAACAGUCAAAAGAAGCGACAUUUGAUGGAACGAGAAAGACAAAUAUAUGCACCAUUUUCUGGAGUGGGUGGGAUAGUUUAUGAUAAGGAUGCUGUUUACAUUGAACUAAAAGGUUCCCAUUCACAUAAGGCAGAGGAUGAGGAAGCAAAUGAGAAGCAAUCUCUUUUAAAAAAUGUUGUUGAAACUAAGGAGACAGUUGAUGAACAGAUGCAAGAGACUGGGUUUAAGUUAUUUAGUGGUGGUGCAGUUAUAUAUCCAGAUAUGAUAAAGGAUGAUGAAUAUUUAUCACACAAUAAGGCAGAUGACAAUAGCUCUGACAACACAGAUUUAGAAAGUGAUGAAUCUGAUCAUGACAGUGGUAUUGACCAGAGUGAAAAAGAAUUAAAGAACAAGUUACCCUGGGAAAAUGUUACCGACUCUGAAGCUGAAGAUAUAGAAGAAAAAUCUAAUGACCAUAAUGAGGAACAAAACGAAGAAAGUAGUGAUGACAAUGAACAAGACUUUGGUUCAAAAUGGAAAGAAAAAUUAGGUGAAAAAGCUACUAUGGCAUAUUUUGAACGACAAAAAACAUCUCAAAAUAUAAUGAAACUUGUGUAUGGUGAAUUUGAAGUUGGAAACAAAACAAGUGAACAUACUGUAGAAUCACAUGAAGACAGUGAAGACGAAAUUGGUGGCUUAUUUAAGAAAGUAACUAGUUCACAGAAAAGCAAACAAAAAGCUAAGGACCAAUUAGAUGAAGAUGAAUGCUCUUUCUUUUAUGCUCUUGAUAAACCUGUUAUUAGAGAUUGGACAACUGAAACCAACAAAGAAAGCUUAAUUAACUGCUUUGUAACUGGGAAAAGAUCUUCUGAUGAAGAUGCAGAGGAACUUCUUAAAUUAGAUGAUGCAAGUGACGGAGAUGAUGAAAUGUUUGGUGAUUUUGAAGAUCUAGAAACUGGCGAAAAACAUGAAGCCGAAGAAACAGACAAGUCAAAUGAAGGCUUAAAACGAAAAGCGGACCUAUCAAAAUCUGAGAUAUUAGAUAAAAAGUUAAAAUUGAAAGCUAAAUUUGAUGCAGAAUAUGAUAAUCCUGAUGACCAUAGAAUAAAAGGUGAUCAUUCUUAUUAUGAAAACCUUAAAGCUGAAGCUUUAAAACAAUCUGAAUUAAAUAAAUCAGUCUUUGAAAACUUAGAUGAUGGACUAAGAGUUGAGGUGGAAGGAUUCAGGCCUGGCCUAUAUAUUCGUAUGCUUUUCAAAAAUAUGCCUUCAGAAUUUGUUACAAAUUUUGAUGAAAGCUACCCAAUAUUGAUAGGAUCAUUAAAUAUGGCUGAACAGAAUAUUGGAUUUGUAUCUUGUAAAGUCAAAAAACAUAGAUGGUAUAAAAAGAUAUUAAAAACCAAUGACCCAUUAAUUAUUUCACUCGGUUGGAGACGCUUCCAAACAUUACCAAUAUAUUCAAAAAUAGAAGACGAUCUAAAAUGCAGAUAUUUAAAAUAUACACCUGAGCAUGUCACAUGCAACAUGCAUUUCUAUGGACCUGUCACACCACAGAACACCGGAUUCCUGGCCCUACAGACAGUUACUAAUAGCACCAACGAAAUAAAGCAGUUGGGCUUUAGAAUUGCUGCUACUGGCAGUGUAAACGAAAUUAAUAAAUCUACCCAAAUAAUGAAAAAACUAAAACUGAUUGGGACACCCUUAAAGAUUUAUAAGAAAACAGCUUUUGUAAAAGACAUGUUUUCCAGUACCUUAGAAGUAGCUAAAUUUGAGGGAGCAAGGGUAAAAACUGUGUCUGGAAUUAGAGGACAGAUUAAAAAAGCUCUGAAUAAACCUGAAGGAGCAUUUCGUGCUACAUUUGAAGAUAAAAUACAAAUGAGUGAUUUGGUGUUCUGUCGGACUUGGUUUAAAGUAGAUGUGACUAAAUUUUAUGCGCCAGUAGUCAAUUUACUGCUUCCGAUAGGAAACAAGAACGCAUGGCAAGGAAUGAAGACAAAAGGACAAUUGAAACGCGAGAAUAAUAUCAAGUGUGAAGCAAAUACAGAUUCCAUGUAUACUGAGAUUGUAAGACAACCUAAAGUAUUCAAGCCAUUAGUGAUUCCUAAACAGCUACAGAAAGGACUUCCCUAUAAGUUUAAACCUAAGAAAAGUAUCUUAUCGACAAGUAACAAAAAAGAUAUAUUUAAGGACAGGAUAGCUGUCAUCAAGAAUCCUUAUGAGCAAAAAGUAUCAAAUGUUAUGACCAUGAUAAAAACAAACUACAACAAAAAGAAGAAGGACCAAAAGGUAGCGACAAGGGAGAGAACACACAAGUUUAAAAAGCAGAAAGAAGAAGAGGAGUGGCGAAAAAUCAAACGUCAAAAGGAGUUAAAAAAGAAAAUUUGUAGACAAAUAAGUAAAAUGUCAGGGAAGAAAACACCACAAAUGUAA